AUGGGGACUAAGCCGUGGCUUGUAGGAGGCGAUUUCAAUGUUGUAGCUGCUGCUGAUGAAUAUGCCGGACAGGCUGUACAAGACUUGACCGCAAUGGCUGAGUUUGCUGAAUGUAUAUCUACAUGUGGUCUCAAAGAGAUUCCCUUCUCGGGCAGUCGUUACACUUGGACUGGUAUCCGCCAAGGCAGGAGAAUCUGGAAGCGUUUAGAUAGACUCCUGAUGAAUCUGGAAUGGCAACGUCGUUUCUCUGGCAGCGUAGUGAAACAUCUUAAUCGCGCUACCUCAGACCAUAGCCCACAGUUAUUGCAACUCUCCCUAGGGCUCCCCACUGGGCCGAAGUCGUUUCGCUUCCAAGACAUGUGGUUAAAUCACCACGGUUUCCUCAUGGUGGUUCGCCAGUGUUGGGAUCAACCGACAGAUGGAUAUGGAAUGUUUCAUUUUUUCCUCAAAUUGAAACGUUUAAAGCAAGCCUUGCGUACUUGGAACCAAGAUGUAUUUGGUAAUAUUUUCGAGAAAGUCUCCAAAGCUGAGGAGGAAGUAAGGCUAAAGGAGUUGCAACUUGAGGUGACAGAUUCGGAUGAGGCUCGAGUGCAAUGGAGUCAGGCCCAGGCUACACUGCUGAAACACCUAACUGAUGAGGAAACUUUCUGGAAACAGAAAGCCAGAGUGAAGUGGCUGAGGGAGGGCGACGCAAAUACUCGGUAUUUUCACUCCCACCUGUUGGAUAAGCGGGCACGGCUCUCGAUCACCAGGAUCUGCAAUUUAGAGGGUGAGGUUGUUGAAAGUGCAGAUGACAUUGGGACAGCGGCAGUGGCUUUCUUUCAAUCGCUGUUAGCGGAGGUUCCACCAAUAAACAACACUGCUAUUUGCAGGCUGCUAGAAGCCAUCCCACCUCCUGUUACCGCAGAUCAGAAUGCGCAACUCAUCCAGGAAAUUACGCUAGAGGAAGUGUGGCAAGCUGUCUUUGAACUCGAUGGCCAAAGUGCAGCGGCUUGUGAUGGAUUUUCGGGUAAUUUUUACAAGCGCUGCUGGGAUAUAAUUGCACAGGAUGUCCUCCAAGCUGCUCGGGAGUUCAUGUGUGGUGUCCCAAUCCCGAAGGGAAUAGCGAGCACUCUGAUCCUCCUUUUGCCUAAAAAGGAGGCUCCGUAUUCUUUUGCGGACUUCCGACCCAUAAAGCCUGUGCAACUUUAUCAACAAGACAAGAAGGCCCGGGGUCACAACGUCAUUUUCAAGUUAGACAUGAUGAAAGCUUUUGAUCGAGUUUCGUGGGAUUUCCUCUCCCGAUUAUUGCUUCAAUUUGGCUUUCACUCCCACUUUGUCUCUUUAAUUAUGAACAACCUCACAUCUGCAUGGUUUUCAAUAUUGGUCAACGGUCGACCUCGUGGUUUCUUUCAAGCUAAGAAGGGAUUGAAACAAGGCGACCUGUUAUCCCCCUUCCUCUUCAUCUUGGUGUCUGAAGCUUUAAGCCGAGGGGUUAAUAACUUGGCUCUGCAGCGGAAGUUACAGCCUUUUGCUUUGGGCCGCCACUGCCCGACGGUAUUGCAUCUGGCUUUUGCAGACGAUAUAGUCAUUUUUACUCGGGGGGACAAGCGCUCGGUGCAGUCUCUCAUGGGCUUCUUGGAGUUGUAUCAACACGGCUCCGGUCAGCGAGUGAACAAGGAUAAAAGUUUCUACAUUGUCUCUCUGAAGUGUCCUCUGGCGGCUAAAAGGAUUCUAGCUCGGCGAACCGGCUUUCAAUAUAGGGGACUUCCUUUUGUCUACUUAGGAUGCAAGCUUGUGAAAGGAAAAAGGAGGAUGGAGCAUUUUCAACCUUUGAUUGAUAGGAUACAGGCUAAGUUGGCUGGAUGGAAAAAUCGGCUCCUGUCGCCAGGGGGACGGUUAAUUCUCAUUAAGCAUGUGCUAUCUUCUAUACCCAUCUACACUCUGGCCGUCUCGGAGCUCCCACGAGGUGUGAUUAAGAGGAUUGAAAAACUAAUGUCCACUUUCCUUUGGGGAGAGGUUGAGGGACGUGACAAGCGUCAUUGGAGGAAAUGGCAAGCAUUGUGUAAGCCUACCCAAGAAAAUGGCCUAGGCCUUCGUCGUUUACAGGAUGUCCAGGAUGCUUUUGGGUGCAAGCUAUGGUGGAAAAUGCGCACUUCAGAUACCUUGUGGACCAGGUUUAUGCGUGCGAAACAUGUCGCAGUCACGGAGCAUCUAACCACUGCUCCUGCCAGCCAGACAAGCUCAGUUGUUUGGAAGAGAAUGUUGCGAGUUAGGGAUUUCGUUGAGGAACAUUCGCGAACCUUGAUUAAGAAUGGGAGUGCUUCCUUCUGGUAUGACAACUGGAUCGGCUCCGGUCCGUUGGGCAAGCAUCGCUUGCAUGUCCCCUCCCCGAACCUCUGCCUUCGGGAUGUAUUGCACGAAAACAUUUGGCACUUGGACCAGGUGAGCCUUUCCAGCGAGGAGAUGUCGCGUAUUCACCAUUCACAGGUGCGGCUCAGUCCGGGAGCUGCUCCUGACUACCUAAUCCGGUGUCCUACUUCGCAUGGGGGCUUCCAAAUAUCUUCUGCGUUGGAGAGCCUUCGUGAUCACUCUCUCCCAAUGCCUUCCCGUGUGUUGCUCUGGAAUAAACGCAUACCGCUGAAAGUUUCGGUAUUCAUGUGGAGACUGCUUAAUUGCAUUCUGCCUUUCCCUGACAUUUUGCAGCGGUUGGGCUUUAAUUUACCCUCCAAGUGCCCUUUCUGCGAAAGUACCGACACACUAGCCCAUUGGUUUGUGGAAUGUUCUUUGGCAACCCAAGUGUGGGGAAAGCUGGAACAAUUGCUAGACAUCCGGGCACCUUCUCAUCAUGAUAUCAUACUGAAACUUCAAGCCUGGUGGAGCAACAUUUCAGGUAAAUCUGCCAUGGCAAAGCUGUCACACAUUGUCCCCUUAUUUGUCUGCUGGGAACUUUGGAAGGCACGUAAUCGGGCCAUUUUCGAUCCUACUUCGCCGUCGGCAACUCAUGUUGUGCGCCAGAUCCUGCGUUUGAUACAUUUGGUGGCCCUUGCUCACCCUCUCUCCUUGGCAUGCAUGGACGAUGACCGGCUUCUGAAACGGGGAGUUGUUCCUUUUCUUAAAAAGGAAAAAUCUAUGCAAGUCCUAUCUCUUGCAUGGGAUCCACCUCCUGCAUCUUACGUCAAGCUCAAUAUUGAUGGCCCUUCAAGCGGUAUGCAGUACAUAAAGGUGGAACUGGAUUCUCUUGUUCUACUAAAUGUCAUUAAUGGGGAACGCAGAGAAACCAAUGCUGCAGCUGAUAGCCUUGCAAAACGGGCGGUUUCAUCUGGCGACUCGAAGGUUUUUGAUGCCCUCUCUCUUCCUACACUCACAACAGGCCUCUGUAAGCUAGACUCUAGGCAGUACCCCUACAUUCGUUAUGUAAGAGUGUGA